AUGGGGCCUGAGUCAGGUUGCACUGGUCCUCCCACCACCACCAAGCCCUGCUCCCCUCUCCUCUACCAACGCCACCACCCAGUCCUGCUCCCCUCUCCUCUACCAACGCCACCACCCAGUCCUGCUCCCUCUCCUCUACCAACGCCACCACCCAGUCCUGCUCCCCUCUCCUCUACCAACGCCACCACCCAGUCCUGCUCCCCUCUCCUCUACCAACGCCACCACCCAGUCCUGCUCCCCUCUCCUCUACCAACGCCACCACCCAGUCCUGCUCCCCUCUCCUCUACCAACGCCACCACCCAGUCCUGCUCCCCUCUCCUCUACCAACGCCACCACCCAGUCCUGCUCCCCUCUCCUCUACCAACGCCACCACCCAGUCCUGCUCCCCUCUCCUCUACCAACGCCACCACCCAGUCCUGCUCCCCUCUCCUCUACCAACGCCACCACCCAGUCCUGCUCCCCUCUCCUCUACCAACGCCACCACCCAGUCCUGCUCCCCUCUCCUAUACCAACGCCACCACCCAGUCCUGCUCCCCUCUCCUAUACCAACGCCACCACCCAGUCCUGCUCCCCUCUACUCUACCAACGCCACCACCCAGCCCUGCUCCCCUCUAUUCUACCAACGCCACCACCCUGCCCUGCUCCCCUCUCCUCUACCAAUUCCACCACCCUGCCCUGCUCCCCUCUCCUCUACCAAUGCCACCACCCAGCCCUGCUCCCCUCUAG